AUGGACGUCAAGAAGAAGUACGAGCUCGAGGCCGCCCUCGCGACAGAAGCGCAGGCGAUUUCGUCUGGGCAGCUGAAGGAGGAGAACCCGCUGGACCUGAGCGAUGACUUUAGGUUGUUCUGCGAGGCGUGUCGGCGGGGUGACUUGAAGGUCUGCCAGGAGAUGAUUUCGCAGGGUGUAAACCUCAACGCGCGAGACAAAUACGAUUACACACCUUUGAUUCUUGCCAGUCUGUGCGGUCACUACGAGGUUAUUCGACUGCUUCUUGAGAAUGGUGCGCUCUGUGAGCGCGAUACCUUCCAGGGCGAACGAUGCUUAUACAACGCACUCAACGACCGCAUACGAAACCUGCUGCUUUCUUAUGACUACGCGAAGUCAACGAACCCUCUGCAACCGCUUGCGGCGCACAUCACCUCGCUCCUCACACGACCAUCACCGAAGACUGCCGACAUUGCGAUCACUGCGUUCGACCAGACCUUCUAUUUGCACAAGUUCUUGCUGGCAGCUCGGUCGCCGUACUUCGCGAAAAAGUUGGCAGCAGCACCGUCUACAACAUCAUGGAAGCUGCCGGACAAAAUACCUGCAGAGUCGCUGGGAAUGGCAUUGCAGUAUCUGUACUUCCAGGAGGUGUCCAUACGGCGGGCGUUGUUAGGCCUGAGUGAUGAACAAGAGCUUGUAGUCCUCAACGGCAUCGAUAAGGUUGGCAAGCAACUGGAAACCGAGCGGUUGUUCGAAGACAUCACAGAGAUCGACGAUCGUAGACGAUUACGGCAGCGCAGAGCAGAUGAACUGUCAAGAGGCCGAGAUCAGCUGGAUGAUUGGUUCCAGAACAACAUUGUGAAGCACAAGAGGGUCGUCGACACAGACAAGGUCGACAACAUCAAGUGGGACCGCGAAAAUUCCAUCUUUGCCGAUAUUCUACUGCGCGCAGACGACGAUGAAGAACUCGAGCCUGAGCAAUCUGGCACUUCGACCCCUACUACAAGGACCAUAAAUGGACCGCUCAACGGCCUCCCCGUUGGCCCCAGACAGUCGAGAUCUCCGUCACGGCAGCGCAAGCCUCGCAAAUCGACCGUAUACCCUGCGCACCGCGCGAUGCUGUUGCGAUCAGAAUACUUCUUGACAAUGUUCAGCUCAGAGUUCAAGGAGGCGCAAGAGACACCACACCUACAAGUCAUCACUGUAGACUGCUCGCCUGCUGUCCUUGAGACGAUCCUGACCUUCAUGUACACUGAACGUGCAGAUUUCGGCCUCGAUAUUGCUAUCGACGUACUCUUCGCAGCAGACAUGCUGUUCAUCGAAAAGUUGAAGCAACGCGCUGCCAUUAUCAUCUCUGCGUUGGGUAAUGGCUCUACAUCAGCCGUGGAAUCUGACAACCCUCGUGGUGCGACUGAUGCAGACGAGACGGUUGACAUCUACGAGGUUCUCCAGGCUGGUUGGGAAACGAAAGUACAGCGUUUGGAAGAGUUUGCAGCACGGUACAUCGCCUACCGACUCGAGUUCUACAUCGACGAGCCUGAGUUCGCGCAGAUUGUUCAAGAGUCAGCCAACAGGGUCAAGGCGCGUCAAGAGACAGAUACGGUCGAACUGGUCGACGAUAUUCGGUACUACCUGUCGGAGCGCUUCAGGCUUCGAUUCGAAGACAGUGGGCUUGACGAAAUGAUGGAUGAAGAUGCCGCGGUCAAGGCUGCUGAGAAAGACCUCGGCCUUGCUGUGGAUGACUUGUCUUUGGAGGACAAGAAGAAAGACGAGCAGGCUCCUCCCGUCGAGCAGCAAAUUGCUGCUGGUGCUAUACGGACUCUCGAUGGUGAGAUCAUCGGCGACGAGUUCUUGCAGGACGCUCAGAACUAUCAGAUCUUGCUGGGUAAGAUUGAUAGUCUGCUGGAGAGGCUCAACCUAGACGCUUAG